CAAUGCCAGAAGAGGUCACGGAUAAUGAAUUCUAACCGUUAGAUUCACUCUUUUCGCCAACACCUGCUUGCUAUAUAUACCGAUAUACCACUAAACGCCCCAAACUUUCUGAUUGUCUAGAGAGAGAGAAGGCGAAGAUAGCUGUUCAUAAUCUGAGAGAUGGCACGUACUAAGCAAACUGCUCGCAAGUCAACUGGAGGAAAGGCUCCUAGGAAGCAACUUGCUACCAAGGCUGCUCGUAAGUCUGCCCCAACCACUGGAGGAGUUAAGAAGCCACACAGAUACCGCCCUGGAACUGUUGCCCUUCGUGAAAUCCGCAAGUACCAGAAGAGUACAGAGCUGCUCAUCAGGAAACUGCCAUUCCAGAGGCUUGUCCGUGAAAUUGCUCAGGACUUCAAGACCGACCUGCGUUUCCAGAGCCAUGCAGUGCUGGCACUGCAGGAGGCGGCUGAGGCAUACCUUGUGGGUUUGUUUGAAGAUACUAACCUCUGCGCCAUCCAUGCCAAGCGUGUGACUAUCAUGCCCAAGGACAUCCAGUUGGCUAGGAGGAUCAGGGGUGAGCGUGCUUAAGUGGAAGGAUGGUUGAUGGGAUGUUUUGUGGUUGAUGGUGGUCUGAACUUUUGGGUCUCUUGUUCUUUCCAUCCUCAAUUAAUGUAGGAUAUAAUUUAGUUUUGAAGUUUUAGUGCUUGGGUAGCAGUAGUAUGUGGUGGUAUCCCUUGGAUGCCUGGGUUGGUGGUGUGCAGUGAUUGGGCAAACGUUUGUUUAUCUGUUGGGAAUGGUAUUUUGUUGUUAAAGCUGUCUUUGUUGUACACCAAUGGUGUGACAAACAAUCUUUUAUAUUGUCAUAUGAAGUAGGUAAUUUGUUCUAA